UGAGUUUUCUAAGUGUCGCACAUGAGUUUAGGAAAGACCUAAUUAAGUUCGUGAUAUUGUGUUAUCCUUGUUGGGAGGCUCCCUGAUUUUGUUUGAUUUUGAACUUGAGAGUGUGGCUGAAAGGGUGUUACAAGAAGGUGUGCAUGUUUUUAUACAGAAAAUCUUGACGGAAAGAUGGGCUUCAGAAUCUGGCUAUCUCAGAGGAGUUCAAAAUCUUGGCACAGAGACUUCUUCAAACAGGUGGUGACGCCUGUGAGGGAUUUUUGGGGGUGGUUGAAAAGACUGUGGGAGGUAAAAAUCUUCAGGCUAGGGUUUUAAUCAAGACGAAUGGAAACAAGGUGCCGUGAAAUUUACAGAUCGUGGUAGGGCAGCUUUGUUUCACUAUUCACUUGUGGUGGGAACUCCCACCUUGGGUUGCUUAGGUGACUCCCCACUGGGAAAGGCAGAAGAUGGUGGGGCCUUCAUGCACGCUUAGAUGUGUGGGGUCUACGGGUUUGUCACCAACAAGUGAGGUGUUGAUUUUGGGAGGGUUGAAAGUUGUAGGAGGAUGAAAGAUAUUUUGGCCGGAGGUUGAAGUGGUUGCGUUGGAAGAGGACACCCAGCCCACUGUAGCAGGGGCAGCUUUUCAGGAGGGUUAGGUGGGCUUUGGUAGCCCAUCUAGGGUGUUGGCCUUCGGCCGGGGAGAGGUUCUGGACCCCUUUUUGAUGUUUGGGCCAAGGAAGGGGCCUCUGACCCAUUAGAGUUGUUUGGGCCGUAGAUGGUAAAAAGGCCCCGUGGAUGGGCGCUGGGCCUUCUUUCUUCUUGUGGGGGUGAUCUUUGCCCUAAGUUGGAAGCGUCGCCACCAGAAGUCCCUUCUUGUUGUUCUCGUCCUCGCUGGUGGUGGCACUCUCCCUAGUUGACGAAGCUUUGGUGGCGGAGGCGGCUCAAUUCCAAGUGAGAUGGGCACCAAGGCAAAGAAAGCCAUGAUAAAGAAAUCGAAAAAGGGAUCUUCUAAAUUAUCAGUUCCUGGGCAUAAAAAAGCGGCUGCAGAUUUCUUGCCAUUAGAAGGUGGUCCUGGGCAUGAACUUCCUGAGCAGGAACCACCAAAAAAUACUGGUACGGUACUGUAUAUUGGUCGGAUACCACAUGGAUUCUAUGAGAAUGAAAUGGAAGGUUUCUUCAAGCAAUUUGGUGCUGUCAAAAGAUUAAGAAUUGCGAGGAAUAAGAAGACAGGAAAAUCAAAGCAUUUUGGCUUCAUUGAAUUUGAAUCUCCUGAGGUGGCAAAAAUUGUAGCUGAAUGUAUGCAUAAUCACCUGUUGUUCGAACACAUCUUGCAAGUUCAUGUUGUUCCUCCUGAGCAUGUUCAUCCAAAAUUAUGGAAAGGUGUAAAUCGUCUAUAUAAGCCACUGGACAGGGUUCAAAUUGAACGAAAACGACAGAACAAGGAAAGAACAUUGGAAAAGCAGAAGAAAUUGGUGGAAGGAAUUGGGAAACGAGAUCAGAAGCGGCGUAAGAGGAUAGAGGCUGCUGGUAUUGAUUAUGAGUGCCCAGAAAUAGUAAGAAGCUAUUCCAUGUUUGUUUGUUUGUUUGUUCGGUUUUUUUUUUUUUUUUGACUCAUAUUGCAAAAAGUUUAUUAACAAAUAAAGAAGCAAUUUCAGGGGAAAACAAAUGAAGAUAAAAAACUGAGUUUUAUACUGUUUUACACAAGUUCAUAUUUCCAAAUUUGUAUGAGUGGUCCAAGUUGUAACUUUCAGUAGUCUAGUCCAUCAAAAGUCUGCAGACACUGGCAUCUCCCAAGAAAAAUUUGCAUGCUUGGUGGAUAGUUAUGGAGCCAAGCUCCUGGGUAACUUUGACUAUUGAUCCACUUUGCAUUGCCACUCUUAUCUCUUCCAUCCUUGUUCUGGAAUCUGGGGACCCUGAAAAUAACUGGUGGGACCUUGUCUUUUUUACGAUCAUACCAUUGUUCUGCUUGGAGAAAUAUUUUAAUGAUUAUAUACCAGGCCUCAUUUCUAUUUGUUCGGUCAAUGGUUUACGCUGUUUGAUGUUCAAAUUUAUAAUUUGUCCUUUUGGGUUUAGACACACCUUGGCCAUUCUUGACAAUUUUGUAAGGUCAGUUUGAGUCUUUUUGUGUGAAACAUGCAAGGGUGCCAUGGGCACUUCCAAUUGUGGGAGGCCAUAAGACUGCAAAUAACCGAACAUGUGUCUUAACACUGGCCAGAUAUAGGUCUAAUACUAAUCUAAUUUCUUUUUAUGAAGAUGCUCAGUAAGUGUAUAAUGUUGUUUGACAUUUCUUGACUUCCCGAACAUCUCUUUCUCAAAUUGUUAGCUGAUUUUGUGACUUGAAGAUUAGUGUUAUGAUAGUGUGUUAAUUUUGUGUUUGCAGGUGGGUAUUAGUCGACCCGCUUCAAAGAAGAUUAGAUUUGAUGAAGAAUAGGCGACAGGCUUUGAGGACUGUAGAAGAAGUAUGUACGCUGUUUUGAUAUUGUCAUCAGGAUGUCACAUUGGUCUCUCUCGCUGUUUCUUCCUCAUAUUAGAUUGGAUUUUGGAGAUGGAGAAACAGAGAAGUGGCUAGUGUAGAAGCAGAGUGGGUGAUGAUUGAAUUAGAAAUGGAUCUUCAAAUCAAAUUUGUCCCUUUUGUUGGUUUUCUUUUUGGAAUGGAGCGUGUUGAUUAGGAUGAAUGCGUGAACAAGGCGUUCAAUUUUAACUACAAUGAAUUUAAGCAUAGUUGAUGAAAUGUUUUUAGGUCCUCA